CCAACCGAGUGACUUUCACUCUAUCGUUCGCCCAAGAACAGCCGGUAUUGUAUAUACAUGUGCCUUCCUGCAAUUGAGUAUAAAUAUCCGAGAUCAUUUUCGUCAAGUUCAACAUUAUCUAUCCAUCCUCUCCAAUCAACUCAAAUCCAGCAACAUUAUGAAGGCCACUUUCUUCCUUGCCAUUGCCGCCGUCUUUGUCGCCACCGCCUUUGCUAGUCACGAUGACGACAUUAGAGUUCACCAGGAAAUUAACGGCGUCGGUGGCAGAGGUCGCGUCAGUGGUGUCUUGAACGGCCUGCUCGGAGGUGGUAUCUUGUCGGACAACAGCCGGGACACCUAUAUUAACCAGGAUGCCUUCUAAACGGACGCUUGGCCCUUUUUUUUCUUGGCUUGCGAACUCCAUUCCUAUAUCCGCCAUGUCAACCAUCCGAAAUUGUUUACUCAUAAAAAAUAUGAAAAC